UAAGAAGAAUGGUUCAUUUAUUCUGGAUAACCAUUUGGGGACUUUUCUGCAUGUCACUACUUGACGGACAGCUGCAAACUCCUACAGCUGCAGAAUCCAGAACGCCCCUGGACAGCAUACUGUACAAAGGACUUACAGACGUUCAUUAUGGAAUGGAAGAAGGAAGCGGAUCAUUACCAGAACCCGAUCCAUCUUCAGCCAAAUCACAUAGCCAACUCUACAGGAGCUUCCUCCGGAGAAGGAAGAGGUCCAUUUUAUUCCCCAGUGGAGUCAAGGUGUGCCCAGAAGAAACCUUUGAACAAGCUCUUGUGAAUCAUAUAAAGUUUUUUAAACUAAGGGUUUGCCAAGAAACAGUUUGGGAAGUUUUCAAGAUAUUUUGGGACCGACUUCCUGACCAAGCAGAAUAUCAGCACUGGAUGCAUUUAUGUGAAGAGGGCACUAUGCCUGCGUUUGAAAUAGGAGAGAAUUUCAGCCGCUCUGAAGACCAUCAUAAGCUGGUCAUAGAGAAACUGACAAUGAUCAAACAUGCUACAAGCAGUUAUUGCAGAGACUGGACAUGUGGUACUGAUAUUAUAUCAUCCCCAGCAACAGUGGACAAUACAACGUUUCAAGAAGCAGCAGCCAAUGUACCGCUGUCAUAUGAAAUAUCCAUUGAAAGUUACUCACCCACUAGCACUCUGACGCAAGAGGAGAAUGAAGAUAUGGACAAUGAAAUAAUAAAAGCGACAGAGAAGCCAAGGAAACCAGGGGACAAAAUGGUUGAAUUCAGAAUUCUUAUUCUAAACGAGCCACACAGCAAGGAACUAAGUGACAAGUCUAGUGAUGAACAUAAAGAGUUUGCUGAAAAGUUCAUUACUGAGAUGGAAAGUAUAUUUCAAGCUUUGCCUGGAUAUAAACGAAUCAUAGUCCAAAAAAUCAGUCCUGUAUUACUGGAUAGAAGAGCAGUUUUGGAAGUACAAUAUGCUGUAAUAUUUGAUGGAGAUGCUGAUGCCAUUAACAAUGCAACUUUGGACCUCAUGAAUCUCCAUUCCAAUAAAAUUGAAGAUACCUCCAUAAAUAAUAUUGAAGAUAAUCCGACAGCAGUUUAUACAGUCAGUAGCUUUAGAAAUUAUAUAGUUGACGCUCUAAAGAAGCAAAUAUUAAUUGGUGAAAAAACUCUGGAUUUCAACGCAGACUCUCUACAACUUUAUAAUGUUAAAAAUGUUCCAUCACAUAUUUACAAUGAAUGGACCAUAAUAACUGAGAAACCAGCAUUUCCUAUCCCAUCCACAGCUGAUGUUGAUAAUGCGCUACAAGCUGAAUGGCUGCCAACGGCUUAUUCAACUAUAAACACUUUCGCAUAUAAAGAAACAAGUGAAGACCUAACAUCAAGAAGUCAACUUGCUCUGGGGGCAGAAAGCCAUGUUGUUACAGAAGACAUUGAUUUUAACCUUCAUGUUACUCCUGUUCCUGAAUAUAUCUUUACUACACCUUCAGAUUACUUGACUUUCCAGCAUACCACAAUCUUCAGUUCACUGGACUCAAGAACAGUGGUAGUUAUUGAUUCUAUCACAGACUUAGAAAAUCAAGAAGGAUCAGGGCAUGAUAUAUUACAGAUCAAUCAACCAACUAUUGGUUCACUCUCUGAGUUUGUGUCUAACGAUAUAUCAUUGUCUUAUGAGGGCCAAGUAAUUAACACCGUUCUGCCACCAAGUGCAACAAUUCCAUCAGCUGGAGCAGGCGAUUCUGACAUUGUGACAUCUGCAAUAGCUGCUGAAGAGCCUGCUUUAAGUCAAUCUUCUUUCACAAUCUUAUUAAAUAAGAGUGAAAGCUUUAAUGGAGAUCGUGAUACUAUAACAUCAGAAGUUACUUCUAAAAGCAAUCUAGAAACAGCUGAAAUACUUGUAGAGGACCAUUUACUACCAACUUAUAAAAACCCUGAAAGUAUUGUUCCUCUGGAUGAGGGAUCAGGCUCAGGAUUUGAUCUUAUGACUGACGAAUACAAAGCUGUUACAUGGUCUUGGACAAAAACAACAGGAGAAUAUGUUUCCUCAGUCAAAAGACAAACAAUAGAUAUAGAUUUAACUGAGACAACAAGAAACUAUGAUGAAUUACUUGAAGAACGUUUUACUGAUAAAUUCAUUGAGAAGAGUAUCAGCUUGGUCAGCACUGAAAUGAGCCCUGUUACAAAUCAGGAUACAAAAGAUGUUGAACUUACUCAUAACCCUAUUGCUACAGUACAACCUCUCCUUCAUGAGACCUCAACUGAGCCUUCUCUGUUGCUGACUUCAGAAUACUGGAAUAUUGACCAGUCUGUGCAAACACCAGAAUCAUCUGACCAAGAUGUGUACUUAUUCCCUGAAUCAGAUAGUUUACAUUAUACCACAGAGGAAUAUUUACAAUCAGAUUCUGAGGAUAUUUCAUGGCCUGUACAAACGACAGAACCACCAUCCCAGACAAGCCUAGUUCUGGACUAUGACACAGAUAUGAUGGAAAGUUCCACUUCUAAUGAAAUAGAACCACUAAAACCAUAUAUUCCUGUAAAUGAUCUCACUCCAAUUCCAACAACUAAUGGACAUGAUAAUCAAUUUAUAACUAGUUCUGACAAAAAUAUUAUUUUACAUGAGGAAUUGUUAAAUACCAUCCCAAGCCUGGAUACUAAGAAGACCCAUUCUCUCAGUGACUUUGAUUCUGGAAGUGAAAACAACAUGCCCAAUAUUAUUCCUAUAGUACCAAAGGAGGCUGCUAUUACAGACUCAAUGCAGUAUGAGCCACAAUCCAGUCAAACUUAUGUAGGCCCGACAACUUUGUUGACACAGAAUGAAGUAGAUACUGUUGGCGUUCAAGAUAUAUCUCUGGAGUUAGAUCACAUGAGCACAGUAUACUUUCAUCCUGACUUGAGUCCAGAAGAGAGAAGCUUGAUAGGAAAAAACAUUGACUCUACGGAUUUGUCUGAUGUCAUCUUUUCUACUCAUGGGAGCAACAUCAAUGCUUCAGCGCAAGCUCGGGCACUUGUGGUGUUUUUCAGCCUGCGUGUCACUAAUAUGAUAUUCUCUGAGGACCUCUUUAAUAAAAACUCUCCUGAAUAUAAAUCUUUGGAACAAAGGUUUCUAGAACUGCUGGUUCCCUAUCUGCAGUCCAACUUAACUGGAUUUCAAAACCUUGAAAUAUUGAAUUUUAGGAAUGGCAGCAUCAUUAUAAACAGCAGAAUGAAGUUUGCAAAGCCUGUCCCACGUAAUGUAACAAAUGCUGUAUAUAUAAUUCUUGAAGACUUCUGCAACACCGCUUACCAAACUAUGAACUUGGCAAUUGACAAAUACUCCUUGGAUGUUGAAUCAGGGGACGUAGCUGACCCAUGUAAAUUCCAAGCUUGCAACGAGUAUUCAGAGUGUCUCAUUAACAAGUGGAUUGGUGAAGGGGAAUGCGUUUGUAACCCAGGAUAUGUUAGCAUGGACGGUUUGCCUUGUCAGAGCCUCUGUGAUUUGGAAAUAGAUUUCUGUCAGAAUGAUGGCAAAUGUGAUGUCAUUCCUGGACAAGGAGCCAUUUGCAGGUGUCGGGUAGGGGAAAACUGGUGGUACCGUGGAGAACACUGUGAGGAGUAUGUCUCAGAACCCCUAGUUGUUGGCAUUGCUAUUGCAUCAGUAGCUGGAUUUCUUCUUGUUGCUUCUGCUAUUAUAUUCUUCUUAGCAAGGACACUGAGAGAUCAAAGUACAAAGGGAGAUUCUGAAGAAUCUGGAGGGAGGCAAAGUGAUAGUAUUUCAUCUAUUGAGAAUGCUGUGAAGUACAAUCCAAUGUAUGAGAGUGAUACCACAGGCUACAGUCAUUACUAUAAGAGAUACCCACAGCUCCCAUCAACCAGUUCCACAAGUCCAGAGACUUCUGCAGACUUCAGCAGUGAAGAGAUCAGGCACAUUUACGAAAACAGUGAGCUCACUAAAGAGGAAAUUCAAGACCGAAUACGAAUAAUAGAACUGUAUGCUAAAGAUCGCCAGUUUGCUGACUUUGUGAGACAGCAUCAGAUGACUGUGGAUAAUGUCAGAACAGCAAACCCAUGAAAUGAAUUGUCCAUUUAUUUUCUCCUGUUUAGAGAGAAAAGGGAAGGGAUGAAGGCAUUGGAACAACACAGAGACGUUUUGCCAUUAGAAAUGAGUUACCUCAUGUUGUGCUAAGGAACAGCUUAUGCCAGAAUUGUAAAUAUUUAGUACAUAAAGACUUUCACAAAAUGAUGAUGAAUGAUGAUUUUUAAUUACCAUUAGGAAAACACAUGUUGCUAAUAUUUUCUUUUUAACAAUAUACUGUUUCAUUUUCAGUUAUUUUUGUAAAUGUGAUUAUCUUUUACAAUACAGUAUUUUGUUUUGUUUUGUUGAUUUUGAAAAUACAAUAGAUUAUCUGAAUAUGUUCUGUAUAAUCUAUGCAAAUGUAUAUAGGAAUGGCUGUUUUGUGCCAUACAGCCUACGGUCAAAGUUCAGAAAUGACUAACAAUGUUUUAACACAUGUCUGUGUCAUCUGCCUUCUAAUACAUGACAUCAGCCAUUAGGUGGUAAACCCCUAAGAUUCCACGUCAGGUAACUCUGUGUUUAUAAACUGAGAAGUAGGUGUAGAAGAUUAUUAUACCAUGGUACAGCAGAAGACAAGUUCAUUUUCAGUGUUAAUAAAAUAACUAUAACCCUUAGGAUUAGCAUAUUGGCCAUUAUUAUAUGUUUUAUGGUACUAAACAGAGGCCCUACAUUCAUUCUCUGUGUGUGAAAGGUAACACCAGCUGAUGCAGGGAACCAGGCCGCAUGUUUUGUAUGCAUCUAUGGGCCACUCUGAGUAUGUCUACAUGCACCUGGUUGGUAUUGUUCAUAUAUAGGCUCAGUUUAGUGAGUGCAUGUCAACAGUUCUCAUAGUCAGUAUACUGAGGGCUGCGUGGAGAAUGGGGCAUGUGCCAGUCUAUUAGCAGGAAGUACAGAUGGGUCCACGGUUAUCUUUACUAGUUUUCUGCACCUAGGCACAACAUGACUUAUUAGCAUAAACCCUUAAUCUAUUGUUCUCAGCUGCAAUACAGUACAGAGAACAAUACAGCAGGGGAUUAUAUCAUUACAGCAGGGGAUUAAAGGGGGGUAUUCACGGAGCGAUCGAUGCUUAAAAUCUAAGCAAUCUGACUAGAUUGCUUACAUUUUAAGCAGCGAUCACUCCGUGUGUACCCCUCACAGCGAUAGUGCUGCGCAGCCCCGAGCAUCGCUAUCGCUGGUGCUAGAUUGGCCUUGCAGGCCAAUCUAGCAGGUUGCUCACUUCACCCGCUGGGUGAAAUGAGCGGGCCCCCGUCCUCCUCCGCAUCGCUCAGCACACAUCGCGCUGUGCUGAGCGGGGGGAGAGAUGUGUGCUGAGCGAACCGCUCAGCACACAUCUCUCCCCAAAUCGGGCCGUGAAUACGGCUCUUAAGUCUGACUGGCCAGUCUCAGUUAAUCCUAUUAAAGGUCAAGAUAAACGUGGACCCAUCUGUAUGCAUUUUCAGGCUGCGUGUAUUUACCAAAAAUACACAUACCUGCCUCCACAUGCAGAUCAGUUUACGCCUUACACUUGUGACUCUUUGUGAAUGGAGAGUGGAGGGAAGAGGUGGCCGAGAAGGUCAAGUACGUUAUGGCCGUGUUCACUGAAUUGCAUCGAAAGCAGAGAUGGGCUUGGACGACAUCUGUUGUAGGUGCUCCAGCCCUAGUACUGUACAAACAUAACCAUCACCACAGGCUUUUGCAGUGUAAAAAAAAGAAAAAAAAAUACAAAAAGUGAUCAAAAUACAUAGGUUGAACUCAUAGGGACUCAUUUAUCAACGAGUGAUAAAACUUGUUGUGAAUGAUAAAACCUGUUGCAUAUGAUAAAUGGUCCUCCAGCCAAUCUUCUCCUAACUGUCAUAUGUUCAGCUCCUGUCAUGUGUUUGAAGUUAGAAUGAAUUAAUUUUAUGACUCUUUGAUAAAUGAGCCCCAUAAUUACAUAUAUUUUUGUGGCUAGCAUUUUAAGAGUAAAUGUGUCCAGCAUUUACUGGGUAUAAAAAUAUAUUGACACUGAAACCCAUUCAGUAAAUGGCAUUUUUAGAACUGUUGUUAUUAGAAUUGUUAUAUUCAAAUAAUUAACAGACUGAACAUUUAGGCAACUAGCUCAUUAAGGUCUAGUCCUUCAUCAUGAAAACUGAUGGGGCUCAGUGCACUUAAUAUAAGGAUCCAAUAGACCUCUUGAGUGCAGAGGUUUUUGUAUCAUUGAACACUGAACCCCACUGGUCUUAAUGAAGGACUAGAACUCAAUGUGUUUUUCACCUAAAUGCUCAGUCCGGUAAUUAAUACUGAACUAUUGCAGUGAAAGGUUUACUAAACUGUACAUAAUGCUAUUAGGAAUUAUUUCUGUUUUACAACCAAAUGAUAUGUUUUAAACUACAAAACUGUGUGCUACUGUUGAUUUGUUUUUGUUUGUUUGCUCUCUUUUCUCUUGUUUGUGUACUUUAAUGCAUAAGGUGUGCCUUUUGUAUUGGUAAACAACUGUUUUUCAUGUGUACAUAAAUACAGAGGGUGCACUUCAUCAAUACACUGUCAGAUAUAGAUAUUUAAUAUUGUGACUGGUAUAUAGUCCCACAUCUAAAUGAAAUAUGUUGUAUUGUUGGUUGGGGUCUCAUUACCAGUUAUUUUGACCCCAUACUUCCCAAACAAUAUAUACCUUGAAAUGAAUACAAACUCAAUAUAAUACAUGAGUUGUUCACAUGGUAUAUCGUACAUUGAAUGUACCUAUACAAUUACAAAUAAAGUGUAUUUAACAGAGAAUUAUAUAGUACUAUAUAGCAUUAUAAUUUUACUGUAAAUUAUAGUACAUCAGACAGGCAGUCCAACAUACACUUUGUAAUUCUCAUCUAAUGGUUCAUUCCAAUAAUACAUGUCUUUUUUGUCUUAUACCAUGGUGGAUACACUAUGUGAUAGGAAUAUUAUAAUCAUUACAUGUUUGAAUGUUUCUGUUUUUGUACUUUGAUAUCAAUUUCAAAUACAUAUGUUUACUAGGAAA